CAUUCAGCAGUAAUCUCCAGGAAGUGAAGGUACUUGUGGGGCACCCUCCCUGACAGUCUGAACUGAGGCUACUGAACAGCAAGAACAGAAGAACAGAGUGAAAGCCUUCCCCUAUCUGCUUGGUGGACUGAGGGAGAUGGGAGAAAUGUGACAGUUCCCAGCUUUCCUUCCAGCCAGCCAGUGUUGCUUUGCCUACCGCUUGAACGGCUGCAGGUCGACUAGUGUCCUUUCUGAUACGCUUCUGUAUAUCUUUCAUUGCACUGGAAUAGAAGCAUGCGAGCCACAGGUGUACUGCGGAUAUUGGUGGCGCUCUUUACCAUAGCUACAACCUGGCUUUUUGCCAGUACCUAUUUCAGCCACACAGGCAUGAAAUCCAUCAAUGUGAAGAAAUGGCUGAGGUCCCAUAUUGAACCAAAACAAACACCAAUAACCCAAAAUAAGUGCUCCAACAGAAGACUUUGUCCCGAACACACUUUUGCGUUCAGAAUAGUCAGCGGUGCAGCAAAUGUUGUUGGCCCUUCCAUAUGCUUUGACGGCAAUGUAUUGAUGAGCAAUGUGAAAAAUAAUGUUGGUCGGGGUUUGAACGUUGCACUUGUUAAUGGAACCACAGGACAACUCAUCAAAAUAGAUAGCUUUGACAUGUAUUCUGGAGAUGUUAACAAUUUACUGAAUUUUAUGAAAGCGGCUGACCAAGGCACUCUUGUACUUGUUGCGUCUUAUGAUGACCCAGCAACAAAGCUAAAUGAUGAAGCCCGCAAGCUAUUUACUGACUUAGGAAGCAGCCACGCUUCUGACCUGGCUUUUCGAGACAACUGGAUAUUUCUUGGUGGGAAGGGACUCAAACACAAAAGCCCAUUUGAACAGUAUUUGAAAAACAAUGAGAAGACAAACAAGUAUGAUGGCUGGCCUGAAGUUCUGGAAAUGGAGGGCUGUGUACCUAAGAAGAUAGAGUAGCCCAGAAGUAAAUUUGGAGCAAGAACAAACUGUGGUCUUAUCUAACAGACUUUUUGUUUUGCCUGAGGUCCUGGGGUAGUGAAUUUGAAAUAAUUCAGCCUUUAACCCCAUGAGGUUUUGAACUCAGAAUUCAAGUCACCCUGCUGGUUUCAGAUAAGAUAACGAAAAAAGGUCAGCUAUUGCAUGUGGCCAAUAGCAUUUUCACUACUGCUCCGAUAUAUAAGUAAUGAGUUCUGAGGAACUACAGGCAUAUGCUUCCAGUUGAACUAAUGCUUUGAGAAGUCCUAUGACCAUUGUAGCUAAAUUCCACAAAUGCAAAUCGUUCAAAAAGAGCUUUUGGAGCAGAAGAUACACGUAAUAUAGAACAGUGACGGACACCAUUUCAUUCUCGGGAGCCACAUUUAAUAUUUGAGCUGAAGCAAAGACUGCCGUGGGCAGGCUCAGGAAUUUGGGGGUGGGUGUUGAGGUUGGAUAGAGCACAGUUCUUGGAUUUAUUUUUUUUAUAGAUAUACUGUUUUCAUUCUAUUUUAGGCUUAUGUUGUAAUUUUGUUGUAUUUUGGGCUUCAGAAUGGCAUGAAACCUAGCUGUCAAUUUUGAGUGCACCAUCCUGGCCAACAAAAACAACCAGGAUUAAAACUAACUAAGAUUUUUAGCUUGUGUAAAUGCAACCACUAGCUCUGUUACUGACUUGGAUAAACAUGGGUGAAUACUUAGUUGAUGAAGACUGUUACUGGAUUAAAUUGCAAACUGUGAUAUGAUACAAAUCACGCAAGUCACAUCAUUCGUAUUCAUUUAUGUCAUUGGGCAUGAGUACGUUGAUGCAAAUAUUGUCAGUUUUAUCAUUUGUAUAAUGAACUUAUCAUGUAAGAUGGAUGGAUGGAUGGAUGGAUGGAUGGACGGACGGACGGACAGACAGACAGACAGACAGACAUUUGGUCUAUUAUAUGCAAAGCCUAUUGUAUCAAGGUUUGGUAAAUCAAAGUUUCACUGCAUUUUAAAAAUGGAGCCCCCCAAAACCUUCACAGUACCCAUCUGUUAUAGCACACAUCCCUUUUCUUUAAACGGUCAAACAUUCCAAGAAUGCAUAAUGUACCCUGGUCUGAUUUCCUUUGGAAGGUGCUCAGUCGAAGCCUAUUGGCAGUUUGAAAUGUUUGUGCUUCUUAAAAAAAUAUAUGCAGUAGAUUAAACUCAAUGGAGCUACACAGCUUUCACACUUCAGACAGUCAUUCCCCUUCUUGCUCCCACAGCAGAUCUCCAAAAUGCUGUUGCUCCUGAUAGAAUCUAAAACCUCAGCCUUCAAGUCACUGUCACUCAGAGAAGUAUUUUGUCUCUUCUUUUUAGUUAGGAAGGGGAUAAAAAAUGUCCUGCUACCUUUGCUUUCUUAGUUCCCAUGGAGACACCUGGCUGAAUUUGCCUAACAAAACAGUGGACCCAGCCAGUCUUGUCCAACCAGUUUGGCUUCCACAGUUCUCUUCUACUCUGGAUCUAGUUUGUACAGUCAUAGAAUCUUAGACUUGGAAGAGAUUUGGAGGGCCUCCUGUCCUUUUUAUGUUUGUUUAUUUUAUCAGAUGUAUAGAGCUCAAUAAACUUUUACAAUAAA